CGCAAACAAUGGCAGCUGAGGAACCUCUCGGAAACCACAUACCCUUUGGUGUUUUUCCAUGAGUUCAGUGCCUUGGGGAAUCUUCUCCUUACUGAACCACAAAAGCCGUUCUGAUGUGCGACAAAACCAGAAUAGCUUCUACAUAAGCCUUUUGAUUGUUGAGUGUUUUAGUUAUUGGUAGAAAUAUUGGUAAAGCUGAAGUCUGGUUGUGUUGGCUGUCAUUUCGAUUAUUUAUUUUACCCUUUGUGCGAAUGACAAAUGCAAUCCUGAUUUUUAAAAAUGCUUCUAUGAUAAGAGAGAAGGACCUUUUUAUGUUAUACUCCAUCAAGGACACACCUUUUCCUGAUUUUACUCAUUUCUGACCAUAUGCACAGCUUAUUUUUAUGAAGUCGUUUCAUGCAGGGCUUGUUUUAGACUUUUAGGCCUCCUGACAAUUCAUUUGUUCUGACGAGAAUAGCUGACGGCGACCGAAAGUGUGACAUUUUAAAAACUGUAAUUGUGUUCUUGUUGGAUGUGUGGUUAUGUAUAUGCUCUCACUGCUGGAUCGGUACCUUAGCUGAAGUCAUGAUGGUGGAAAAGACCAGAAUUCAACUCCUCCUUCUGACCAGACAAGAGGGAAGUGUUGUUAUGGCUUACCAUAAAUGUGUAGUUGGUUCUUUAUUUAGUGAAAAUGAGGAUUAGGUGUUGUAAAAGAAUUGUGGGACACCAAAGAUCCUGUGGUAAUGACGAUUAUGAGAGUUUUAAUAAAAUGGGAAUAUGGAAAUUAAUUCAGUUGUUUUUGAUGUUAUUCAUUUUUAUUCAUUACAAUACAAUGCAUUUUUUUUUUGCAUAGUAUCAGUAAAAUUUUUUUUAAAAAGACAGCAUUGAAGUAUUUUAUUCCUUUAAGGAUAUGCAGUAAAAAUACUGUAAAAAGUCAUGAAAAUUGACAAAGGAAAUAAAAAUAAAAAGAUGCUAAAUAAUAAUAAAAAUAUAACUUGGGGAAAAUUGUCAUUGCAGUGAUUAGUUAGGGUAUUUAAUGUUUUGCUAAUUAAAUUCAAAAUUCUGAAAAUGAUCGCAAUUUAAAAUAAAUUUAAAUAAACAAGCAAACAUCAAAAUAUGGUCAUAAAAAUGAGUAAAAUGUGCUUAUUUUAAUUAAAAUAAUUGUCUAUGUAUAAUUAAGUUUCUUCUAAUUAUCUUAUAUAUUGCAUCGUUUUCAUAAAACUUACUCAACCCCCCCCCAACUUUACCUAUGUAAACAUCUGUAAUUUGUUGUAGUAUGUGUGAUGCUUAAAAUAUUAAAUUAGAUUCAUAAUAAAAUUAAAAAGAUGUGAAACAGCUGUGGAGCUUCAUUACAGGUCGGGUAAUUAGAUUCCAUCCCUUAUGUAACUGCUGCCUUCCUCUUUGGAUGACAGGAACUGAAUUAAGCAUACAUGCUUUAAAAAGGAAGCACGAAACUAGGAGGAAUUCAGCAGUAACUCGAUCGUUCCACACUACUUUGAUCAUCUUCCAGUAAACUUAGUGUAUUGAUACAGUCUAAAGAGGUUGGAUGACUUGUUCCUGGUUAUGUAUUCGGAAGGUGAGGAUGGGUGUUACUGUUUGAGGAAUUAAAAGUCCUCCCAGUCGUUCUCUCGUACAGACGGAGCAGGAGAUCAUGGAGACUGGAUCUGUCGUUUUCUCAAGGGACUUUGAGUGGAUCGUUUUUAACGGCUCCUCCACAAGUUCCUCCAUCAUGCUCAACAGUAGCAUGCACAGUUCCUUGCCCGAGGAAUCGUACUUGGUAUCGGAAAGACCACGUCAUGCAUUGGGGACUGUAGGGGUGGUCGUCAUCAUACUUAUCACUAGCUGCAUCAGCCUGCUAACAGUCCUGGGCAACGUCCUGGUUCUGCUUUCAAUCAAAGUCAACCGCACUCGAACCAUCAACAACUACUUCCUUUUUAGUCUUGCUUGUUCGGACCUUAUCGUCGGUGUUUUCUCCAUGAAUCUCUACAUUGUGUACGCCGUAAAGGGAUAUUGGCCUUUGGGACCGCAGAUGUGUGAUUUGUGGUUGGUUGUGGAUUACGUGGUGAGUAACGCCUCUGUGAUGAACCUCCUACUGAUCUGUUUUGACCGGUACUUCUGCGUGACCCGGCCUCUGAGUUACCCGACCAAACGUACUGCAAGGUGGGCUGGGGUGAUGAUUGCCGCGGCUUGGUUACAGUCUCUGCUUCUCUGGGCUCCAGCUAUCCUGCUUUGGCAGGCUGGGAGGGACAGGAGCAAGGUCUCAGAGGGACAAUGUUACAUCCUGCUCCUCGCUAACCCUGCUGUAACCCUGGCAACCACUAUCCCAGCGUUCUACAUUCCCGUUGUAAUAAUGAUGGUACUGUACACAAAAAUAUCCCUGGCCAGUCAGAGACGGGUUCAUAAGUUGAAGCCUGAAUCCGUAACCCUGCUUGAUCCAUCUAAGACAAGUGGAGGAACGUCAACCGCAAACCCUGACCUAGUGAGUGACAUUAAACCGGAUGACUCAUGCACAUUUAAACGAGAUUCAAAGCUUGUUAGAAUGAAACGCCUGAUUUCUGUAGAGUUCAGCAAGACGGAUGACUCCUUGGAUUCAAGUCCUGACGCCUCUAUGGAAGAACGAGGGCUGGAUGCAGAAACCCCAAGACCGAAGACCUUGACAGCGUGUGUGGAAACUAGCAGGACAACACAACCUCACUGUUUUCAAAACCAUACUGUCAUUCAGGUUCAAGGUCAAGCGUCCAAGUUUGUCUCCAAGAAUGCUAGACGGAAGGCUCAGAGAGAAAGGAAGGUGACAAAGACUGUCCUUGCUGUUCUUCUGGCCUUCAUUGUUACUUGGACGCCUUAUAGCGUUAUGGUUCUGAUUGGUACCUUCUGCCGUUGGUGUGUCCCUGAAAUUCUGUGGAUGGUGGGUUACUUUAUGUGUUACGUCAACAGCACAGUAAAUCCAGUGUGCUACGCGCUCUGUAACGCCACAUUCAAAAGAACCUUUAAACAACUGUUGAUGUGCAAGUUCAGAAAUCUGACAUUAAAAUGAGUCGGACUUCAGUCUCUUAUCAAUGACUCCUGGCCAACCAAUGAGGAACAUGAUUCGCUCAGAUGUUUUGUGACUGUGAAGCUGUUUUACUAGAGCCAAAAGUAAAAAAAGUUUAGUUGGUUGAGGUUAUUGGUGAUUAUCAUGUUUCUGAUAAUGCACGCAUUGUGUACAAUUUUGACGUAUCGUAGUUGUUUGCGAAUGCAUUUUUUUUACGCCAACAGUUGUGUAAAUCAAUGCAAUGGUUUAGAGAAGACACUGAUUCUUAUUUUGUGAGCAUGAUGCUGGUUUACCAGAGCCAAAAGUGUAAAUAAAGUGAAGUAUUUAGUAGCUCAUAUUGUACGCAUUACAUGUAUCGCAAAGUCAUUAAGUUGAUUCUUAUGGUUUACUAAAGUGAGAAGUAAAAAUAAACAUGUUUGAGUUAUUUGUUAUUCAUCAUGUCGCUGUAAAUUGCAUUUGUUCUACGACUUGUAUCGGAAAGUUUUUUUGUUGUUGUUUUUGUUUGUUUAAGACUGUUACUCUUUGUGCAAAUUGGUAAAAACCAAACAAAUUUGUGUAAAUCUUAAUUACAUUCUUAUGGAAAUGUGUUUAUAACAUUACUAAAAUUGCAAAUGUACAACUAUAUUGACAUUAAAGUCAUUUUUCCAAGUUUGUACGUCUUGAACAAUAAAUGUUUUUUUUUUUUUUCUUUAAAAAAAGCACCAUAAAGUAUUAUUGAAAAUACACUUUCAUUUAUUCACAACCUGUAGAAGUAAUCAGUUAGUGGUGUAAAUUUGAUUGUACAUCCAUCAAAUCUAAAAACAUAAACAUUUAUAAACAUAGAUACUUUAUAUAGGCCGUUACUUCCAGGAGCGACGUUCGUUUAAGCAUUCAGCUUACAUGUUAUAACGUACAGAAAUUGUCUUCAUUCGGUUUGUUGUAAUUUACAAAUACUUUUGUUUAGGGGCAUAAUUAGGCUCUCACCAGUUUUUCUCUUUAGUAAAGACAAUUUGUUAGACAACAGAUUUGCUGCGGCCUGUUUUAUACAUGCAAAGUCAAUUACAAUUAAAAAUUCGCUACAGAGAUCAAAUUACAACAGCAUAGACGCAUACAUUUACUAAUUACAAAAUAAAGAAAGUGGAAAUAAAAACAAUAGGUAGGGCUACAGUUUUUUUUUUUUU